AUGAACCGCUUCCUUCUUUUUUCACUUUUGGUCUUAGGCACCGAUGCUCUUCUUCGCUCUCCAAGUCUGCUGAGAAGAAAGAUAUUCGAUAAUGAUGCCGCCACAGCUGAUCCAUAUCCUCAAGUCCAGACCUUAUGGUUUGAUCAAAUCGUCGACCACAAUGAUAUGACCAGCAAUGCCACAUGGAAACAGAAAUACUACUACAACCCCACAUUCUCAAAGAAGAAUGAUAUUGUCUUCUUGAUGAUUGGUGGAGAAGGACCAGAAAGCAAGAAAUGGACUGGAAAGGAAGAUAUUCCAUACCUUACUUGGGCUAAAGAACUCGGAGCUGAUGUUUUUGAUUUGGAACAUAGAUUCUUCGGUGACAGUUAUCCAACAAAAGACAUGAGCACUCAAAGUCUCCGACUUUUGACAAUCGAACAAGCUUUAGCUGAUCUCGCCUAUUUCAUUGAAGCAAUGAACAUUAAGAUGGGAUACAAAAAACCACAAUGGGUUACUUUCGGAGGAAGUUAUCCAGGAGCUUUGUCAGCUUGGUUCCGUCAGAAGUACCCGACUCACACCGUGGGAGCUGUUGCCAGUAGCGCCCCAAUCAAUCUUAAACUCGACUUCUUCGAAUAUGCUAUGGUUGUCAGUGACGAUUUGAUGAUUACCGACCCUGUCUGUGCAAAAGCUACCAGAGAUGCUUAUACUCUUAUCCAACAGCUAACUCUGACUGCCGCAGGCAGAAACACAUUGAACAAAGAGCUCAAGCUCAGCCCACCUUUCGCAGCCAAUGUUACAAAGUUGGAUAUCAACAACUUAUUUGGAAACUUGUUCAACGUAUUCCAAGGAAUGACUCAAUACACUUAUGAUGGACAAAGAAACGCUACCAUAAAUCAAGAGACUGACAGAAUGCUUUGUCAAUUUAUGACUGGCAACGGAACUUUAUUGAACAGAAUUUACAAAUUGAAUACUUUCUUUGACGCCCUCGAAGGAGCUACCGAUGAUUCUUUCCAAAACAGCUAUUCAGCUUCAAUCAUCCCUGUUUCCACUGGAAAUCUGACUCUUCUCGGACCUGAUUUGGGAGCUGCCAGAGGAUGGAUGUGGUUGUGCUGUAAUCAAGUAGGAUAUAUGCAAACAACUGAUCAGGGAGAUAACAUCUUCGGAAGUACUGUACCUCUCAAUCUCUUCAUCAACAUGUGUGUGGAUAUGUUCGGCACAGACAUGCGUCAUCUUUUCGAUGGAAAUACUAAAACGCAAAACUAUUUCGGAGGAGCAGAUUACUACACUGCUACCAAUAUCAUUUUACCCAAUGGAUCCCUUGACCCCUGGCAUGCACUCGGAUUCUAUGGAAAUGUUUCAGCAACAACAAGUUGGCUUUUGAUCAAUGGAACAGCUCAUUGCUCGGAUAUGUAUCCUCCAUACAACGGAGAACCAGCAGCUUUACCAGCUGCCAGAGCUACUAUUAAGAAUGCAGUCUUUUCAUUUAUCACUCCCGUAAAAUCAGCCAGCUUCAGCCUUGUCUCCUGCAGCAUUUUAUUAGUUCUUCUUUUUAAUUAUUAA